AUGGCUGAACAGCCCGGACUUGACGACGCACAAUCGCCAUCAGGAGGAAGCGCAGACUCCAGUAGCGAUGACGAUGAUGGAGUGACGCACGUGGGCAUUGAGCUGGUUCCCAGUUUUGACCUUGAUGCUGCAGGUAUGCCCACACCUAACCUGGCUGGCGAGCGCAUGCUGCUAUCGUCUCGCAACAAACUCCCCCCCAUGAAUUGGGCUAAACUUAUUCCGAACCUGCUAUCCACAAUCCGACCAGGACAAUUACGUACGGGGCCUGCGGCAUGGGGCGGCGUGCGCCACUUCGACCCCAACACGGCGGCGCAACACCGCUACCUAGGGGAUGUGGACGAGCUGGGUGGAGGUUCGAGGUUGCUGGAGGAGGGCGCCACAUACACCCUGCCGCUGUUCCCGCUAGAGGGUGUAGUGCUGCUCCCCGGCGAGAACCUCCCCCUCUUCCUGCACUCACCCCAAGAUGUGCUCAAACUGGAGAGGGCCCUCAGACUGCCGCCCGGGGCACCCACCGCGAGGCUGAUUGCGGUGGUAGGGCCGGGGACGCACACCUCCUGGCGUUCGCACAUGUCCCUGGUGGGAUGUACGGCAGAAAUACGGCGACUGCGCCGGCACACGGCGGAAGACGAGCAGGCAGCGGGGGCGAUGGGGGCGGCAGCCGCUGUGGGAGGAACCGUCUUGGGUCCGGAGAGGGUCGCUGCCGCCGCCGCUGACGGCAACCGCGGCGGCGGCGCCGCUGCCGCUGCCGCCGCCGGCCGAGCUCUCCCCUCUAUGGUUGCCGUUGUAGCUCGUGGUCGUCAGCGGCUGCUGAUUGAUUUGUCAGCCCUGACCGACACGUUCCGGGUUCGUGUCAAGGUGUUACCCGAGGGUAUGGCGGAGAGGCCGCCGCGGCAGUUGGCGGCUGGAGCGGCGUUUUGGUCCCCUUGGGCAGCUCGGCUGUACGACGUCCCCGCACUAGCCGGCCGGGUUCAGGAGCUGUGCAGCGGUGUACUGCCGCAGCGCCCGCAAACACCACCUCACACCACCACCACCUUCGGCAUUUCCCUCGUCGCGGCUCAGAUCAUUAAAACCAAUAUAUGGCGGUGGCCUUGGCUGUCUAUCGCCUCCAAGUUUGGCCCCAGUACGGCAGUACGGGGUCCUUUAGCUCUCCAGCGGUACGGAUACUGGCUGGCAUCCAACCUGCCUCUCAGCGCAGAGCGGCGGCAGUUGCUACUGGAGUGUCGCGACGCGGCCGAGCGGUUGCGGCUGAUGUCGUGCAUGUUGACCCGGCUGGGGACCCUGGCGUGUAAGGUGUGCGGGUCGCAGGUAACCCGCUGCAGCUGGGCCUUAUUGAUGAGCUCUGAAGGGGCGGGAGGUGCGUUCGUCAAUGCACACGGCUACGUGCACGACAUCGCCACGUUCAGAUUCAUCCACAGGGCCGUACAACGCCUGUCGUACCAGGGUCAACCGGAGACGGCUUACUCGUGGUUUCCCGGAUACGCUUGGACGAUUGCCAACUGUACGACAUGUGGAAAUCACCUUCUGUUUGGUCGUCCCAGUCGCGAGCCCCUCUCCCGCUUGAACAUGUGCGUGCUUUUUACGCGCGUGCGUUUGCAUGUGUUCGUGUGUACGGCACAGGGCUGGCGCUUCACCGCCACUCCAGGAGGCCGGCCCUCGUUUGCAGGGACCUGCAACGACGACCUGGACCAGACCACCAACAUCACCAACAUCACCACCACCAACAACAACAACGACAGCAGCAGCAGCAGCGACAAGGACAACAAGGUGAUGUGGACGCGGAAGUAG